GUGAUCUUCCUCUCCCGCCUUUCUUAGCGCGUUUUCCACCCCCCGCUUCAGCUUUAAUGGGUGUUGCACGAGUUCCGUACGGCGCAAGGCAUGCGACGCUAGGCAUCUCGGCCCGCACCAACCCCUGACGCGAGCCUAUAAGAAGAUCUCACUCGAGCUCAACCUCGCUCCUUACUUCCUGCCGGCUGCCUCUCGACAACAGCUGCCUUGUCUCUAGGCCAACGCAUACAUCCUUCUAUCCCGGACCAGCAUCACUCACUCUGCACCAGACUCGCUGGCGAGCGUCCUAGGCAUCGUCACUGACAAUUGACUGCUUCGCAUCCCCACCAAAAGGCCCAAAGAUGAGGCUCCUAUUUGGUGCAGCACAAGCCGUCGCCGUUGUCCUCGGUGGAAGCGUGCUCAGUUCAGCUCCUUCGCAGGCUGUGCCUUUCGACGAUACCGACUCCGACUUGCUCCGACCUGCAUCUAGGGGCGGCAUGGAUCUGCUUGGCUUCGAUGCUGUCGAGCAGACGCCUGAACUGAUCAGUCGAAGGACGGCCCAGCUCAAUGCGCGACAGCUAAGCGGAGACAACAAAGCUUUCCCUCCUCCGCCCACGAAAGGAGGUAUCUGGAGGAAGGGCUACGCACAUGCCAAGAGCCUGGUUGAUCAAAUGACUCUUGAAGAAGUUGUAAAUGUCACGACUGGAUAUUCCGGAACAUGCGUCGGCUUCUCGGGAGAAGUACCCCGCCUGGGACUCAAAGCUGCGUGCCUGCAAGAUGGGCCCAUCGGUCCUCGUCCUGUGCGUCGCGUCAGUCAAUUUCCUGCCGCCAUCACCACCUCCGCAACUUGGGACCGCUCCCUAUUUUACGCUCGCGGAGAGGCUAUGGGCAGGCAGUUCAAAGCCAAAGGCGUCGAUAUGGCUCUUUCACCCGUCACUGGAGGUCCAAUCGGUCGAAGCCCAUUGUCCGGUCGCAUUUUCGAAGGUUUCGGCCCCGACGUCUAUCUGCACGGCGCUGCAAGCUACGAGACUGUCGUCGGCUUGCAGAAGAAUGGACUGAUGGCCUGCUCGAAGCACUGGAUAGCGUACGAGCAAGAGACGUUCAGAAACCAGUACAACAACACUGAACCAUACUCCGUCUUCCCGAAGAACGAGCAAAGUCCAAUCGAUAGCGUGCUCGAUGAUCGAACCACUCACCAGCUCUACAUGUGGCCUUUCGCUGAGGCUGUCAGGGCUGGCUCUGCGGCGGUGAUGUGCAGCUACAAUGAGGUUAACGGAAGUCAUGCGUGCGGCAAUGCUCAGAUCCUCAACGGCCUACUCAAGACCGAGCUGGGCUUUGCCGGACCUGUCGUCAGCGAUUGGGGAGGCACAUGGGACAACAUCAAUAGCUGGCCAAAUGGUCUCGACGUCACCAUGCCCGGCUCGGCGUACGAUGGUCAAUUCGGAUACUUUGGAGGCAGCGGACUUAUCGACGCGGUCAAGAAUGGCACCAUCCCCAUGGAUCGCGUCAAGGACGCCGCCGUUCGACUCUUGACUCCUUGGUUCGAUCAUCAAGGCAACAACCUGACUUGGCCCGAAGUCAGCUUCGACGUCAGAGACUUGACGGUGCCGACCAAGGGCGUCCGCAAACCAAGCGAUGCUGACCUGAUCAGAAGGAUUGGUGAAGAGAGCAUCACCUUGCUAAAGAACGUCAAGAGCACGAACGAUUCCAGAGGCUUGCCGCUCAAGGAUCCGAACGAGCUCAGCUCCAUCGCCAUUCUGGGCCAGGACUCAUCUGCCAACCCUUCGGGCUGGACUGCCUGUCUCCCUGACGGAGGAAAGUGCCCCACGCCCUACAACAACGGUACACUACCUGCAGGAGGUGGUUCUGGAUGGGCUAACCCCAGCUACGUCAUCGACCUCUACGCUUCCAUGCAGCACCAUGCUCGCAGUGCAGCUUACGACGUCAACCACGACAAUUCAAGGGGUGCGGCAGAUCUGACCAACUUUAGGAAUCAAGCCAACGUCUCCGAAGUCGCUGUGGUGAGCGUCAGCGCCUGGACGAGCGAGGGCUACGACAGGGCCAAUCUCACGCUAAGUGGAGAGGGUGAAGAGCUCAUCAAAGCAGCCGCAGAGAUGAAUAACAACACCAUCGUGGUGAUUCACGCGCCUGGGCCUCUGCUCGUGGAGGAUUGGAUCGAUCACCCCAACGUCACAGCGGUCCUCUUCGCCUACUACCCUGGCGAAGCUGGUGGCUCCUCCAUUCCACCGAUUCUAUUCGGCGACAAAUCCCCAUCAGGCAAGCUACCUUUCACCAUCGGCAAAGCCCUGGAAGACUACCUGCCUAAGAGCAUCGUUGACGAUCACGUCGUCGACCCCGUCUCCAACUUCACCGAAGGCAUUCUCGGCGGUGAUUAUGCAUGGUUCGAGCACGCCAACCACACACCACGCUAUGCCUUUGGCCACGGGCUAAGCUACGCCAAUUUCAGCUUCUCGGACCUCGACGUGCAAGCCAAGCAUGCUGCUGACAACACGUCCAUUGCACCCACCAACGAGCGCUGGUCUUCCGAGCUGGGAGCGCAGAGCGAAUCACUCUACGAUCAGCUCCUACUACUCACCGUGGACAUCACCAACACCGCACCGAAGUCUCACCAUGGCUACUCCGGACCAGCUGCAGAGGUAGCGCAGCUCUACGUGUCGUGGCCCGAGGAGUCGAGCGACAACCCAAGAGCUCUGAGGGGUUUUGAAAAGGUGUGGCUGGGUGCUGGGGAGAGCAAGACUGCUUCGUUUUCGCUGCGCAGAAAGGACCUCAGCACUUGGAACACGGAGAAGCAAGAGUGGGAGCUAUCUCGUGGCAAGUACACCUUCAACGUCGGAUCGUCCAGCUCAGACCUGCGUAGCACUGCAAGCUACUCCUUCUGAGGGACGACUUCACCGAUACCCCAGAGGCGUUCACGAGGUUCAUCAUUCGGCUCAGUCUCUUCGAACGCGCUGAAGCUCUCUUCAUGCGCUUUGCCAGCUCUCGUCGAUGCGAAACUCAUUACCUAGCUCGAUGCAUCACCAUCACCAUCACCAUCACCAUCACCAUCACCAUCACCAUCAUCAUUCAUCAUUCAAGAUUGAAUCUCGUCCGUGCUCGUCCUCAUGAUCUCGAAUGCUUCACAUGCUACCGAUGCUGUGCCAUGCUGUAUCUCGUCCUUGCUCUUGCCGUACCUCCUUGCUCUGUAUCCAUUUGCUCUAUCUACUACGCACGGAAUAACGAUGC